AUGGACUAUGGGGCGAAAUUGAGCAAGGAUGAUGGAGAUAGUCUGCCUGAUUCCUCCGAUUAUAGGAAAAUUAUUGGAAAACCGUUGUAUCUCUCAAACACAAGGCCGGAUAUAAGCUUUGCAAUUGGCAAGCUCAGCCAAUUCUUGGAUUGUCCCACAACUAAUCACUUGCAAUUGGCACAUAGGAUCCUCAGGUACAUAAAGAACUCUCCGGCAGCGGGGCUAUUCUUCUCGGCCAAUUCUGAUCUAUCUCUCAUUGGAUUUUCUGAUUCUGACUGGGUUGGAUGCCCCAAAUUGCGACGAUUGGUUUCAGCCUAUUGCUUCUAUAAAGGGUUCCUCCCUUGUCACUUGGAAGAGCAAGAAGCGAGUAACUAUCAUAGCUUUCUUCCUCUGAGGCAGAGUAUCGGGCUCUUGCACUGGCCACCAGAGAAGCUUAAUGGCUUAGUUAUGUGUUGA